GAUUUAACCAAGGUGACAAAUCCAGUCCGGAUUUAGCCUUCGAACAAACACAAUCUUGAGAGAUCCUAAAUAAUUUCGAGAAAUUUCCAGAAACGAUGAAGUCCAUUUUGAUCUUGGCUUCCCUAGUUUUAGUUGGGGCAGCUCCUCAAUUAGCAGGCUUGCAGUUGCCAACGAUUCCUAACCUGACUGACUUAACAGAUACGAUUACCACGCUCUCCAACUACCUAAAUCAGCUUCAGUCCGAUUUACUUAUUCUUAGUGUGCAGGUUCCUACAGAUUUCGGAAAUCCGUUGUCCACAACGGUCGACCGUCUCGGUUUCACUACUUCGUCCCUGUUCAAUUCAACCUCCGUUGGCACGCCUAUGGCGUCAAUGAUCGCAGCCAUUAAAGACGAGAUCAGUUCUUUGCAGGCGCAAGUUCGUGACCUCACGGCCUAAUUGUCGAAUCGAAUUAGGGAAGAAACGGACUCGAAAUUAGCUCAGAUUCAACGAACCAUCGACAACAGCAACCGGUUAUUAAACGAGCUCCAAACCAUGGUGAAGAAUCUCGCUGCUUCUGCGGCUACAACGGUAGCGUCGGGUUAAAAAAACGUUAACUUGAUUUAUUAGCUUACGUAUUUUGGAAUUUACAAAAUUUUUGAAUCUUAUAAUUUAUAAAAAUAUAUGUAUGUAAACAAAAAAUACUAAUCAUGAAAUAUAAUAUUCAUCUGGCCAGAAAUAUAUGUACUAGACCAAAAUUUAUGCUAAUUGGUGCUUAAUAAAGUAAAUUUCUGGGGUCAAAAUUUAGUAAAAAAUA